AUGGCUACAGGCCCCUCGCCCCUCCCCCCAACAUUCAUUCUCAACUCCAAACCCCGCAUACCAACCCACGCCGGUAUCAGCGAGCAUGGCCCCGUUUCGCGCACCACAGCCGCUGCGCCGAACCUCACGAUACACAACCUGAAGCGCGUGAAGGCCGGCCUGGCGGGCGAGGUCCUAGGACGUGAUUUGGCGCUUGCCAAGCUGGAGGAGGGAGAUGCGCAGCCAGUGGGAGCGAACGGGGAUUGGGAGGAUGCGAAGAAGUUCCAGGAGGGUGAGAAUGGCGACGUAAUGCAGGACGAGAAUGAUGUGCAGGGACAGAUGGAGGUAGACGAUGCGGAACAGGAGGCCGGUGCUCUUGAUAAGGAGGAAAGGAAGCGGAAGAAGAAGGAGAGGAGAUUGGCAGAGAAGAGGGCUAAAGCGAAGGCUGAGACCCAAGCCGAAGAGUAA